ACAUUUUAUUAUAGGAAUUAGUACGAAUACAAUUCGUAUGAAUACCAAUUUAAAAGUUAUUCUAAAAUGUUUUUACAGAAAAAAUAUUUCAUAGUUUGGAUUGUCGCGAUCGUUAUAUUUAGUGGUCAGUCAAAAUGUGAUGUUGAAGACCUCGAGCCAGGACAGUGCCUCUCGAAAUUCGAUUACGACUAUAAAGUUAUGCAGAAAUUAUUCUACUUAGAAAAACAGAUCGACGAGUUGAAGAAACAGAAAACAAGUACAGGUGUAACUCACGUUGCAUUUAUGGCUGAGCUUUCAAAAGACAUUGUUGAUCCGCCAGCUGAUUCUAGAGUAGUGUUUGACACGGUACAUACAAAUGUGGGAGAUGGAUACCUAGCAGGACCUGGGGUAUUUAUUGCCCCGGUAGAUGGCGCAUAUUGUUUUAAUGUGGUAGCCUCAUCAGGAAAUAAAUCGCGUUCAGCACAUGUAAGUAUAUUUCAUAUAAAAUGAAUACAUAGAGGAUAU